AUGUUGCAUUUUAAAGCCAAAUUAGCAAAAAACACCUCUAAAUCAAAAGAAAUCGGGAACAAAUAUAUUAGAUCUGCCAAAUAUAUUUUAUUUCUUACAAAUACAACUAAUCCAAGUCCAAUAAACUCAGUUAGUUCCAGUUAUUUAGAGGAUUUUAUCAUACACGUUCGCCUAUAUGAAACACUAUAA